AUGAAGUUUUAUGAAAGCUCUGCAGCACCAGAAGAGGCACAGGACCAGGAGGCACAGGACCAGGAGGCAGAGGACCAGGAGGCAGAGGACCAGGAGGCAGAGGACCAGGAGGCAGAGGACCAGGAGGCAGAGGACCAGGAGGCACAGGACCAGGAGGCACAGGACCAGGAGGCAGAGGACCAGGAGGCAGAGGACCAGGAGGCACAGGACCAGGAGGCACAGGACCAGGAGGCACUGGACCAGGAGGCACAGGACCAGGAGGCACAGGACCAGCAUCACCUCACGCUGCGAAUCGACAUCAGCUGCGGCACGAGACCUCGGCCUCAGGCUCCGGACCUCAGACCUCAGUGUGUGCACCAGUCAAGGAUGUAUCUGGAGAACAAGAACAUGGAGAUGGAGAUGUCGCAGGCCUCAGCACAGGGACAGAACCGCGGCCUCAGGGCUCCAGAGGGGGGGAACUUUGGGGAGCUGAGGCUGCUCCAGGGCAUGUCUGAGCGGAGGGAGACCCAGAAGCUGCAGCAGAACGGACAGUGCGUCAUCCACACAGAGGGCUUUGUGCCGCUGAGGCAGGAGGACGGGCACAGUUUCAGCGUUGUAAACAUCCUCCGAGGAAAGACCAGUUCAGCCAACAUCACAGAGAGAUCUCCACUUCUCAGGUUCCCACAAGACGACAGCAUCACCUACAUGACAGUCCACGACUCGGGGUUCCCCUCGGAGCUCUGGGACCACAGUGCCAUGGACGUGGAGAGGAGGUUCCGGUUGGGCUCUGAGGUCGCCGGUCUGUCCCAGACCCGCCCCAGCUCCACAGAAAAGAACGACUCUCUGGACCUUAAUUUCAAGCUCACGCACAAUAUGAGAUGCUGCAUGAGGUCCGCCAAGACGGCCUGUAUAUUCACAAUAGUAGUUCUCUGUAGCCUGUUCUUCAGCAUGUAUCCCGACAGAGACAACCCCCGGAGGAUGUUGGCGGUGUCCCCUACAGACAGCUUCUUUUUGAAUUUAACAGAUUUCCGGGACAACGCUCUGCUGAGGCUGCAGGUGGCCGGGCCUUUCUCUCGGGGAAUGGUGGACUUGUUGAAUCCAGACUACAUCCUGAUCCAGGUGGAGCAGACGGACGGGCCAGGUCAGAGGAGGAGGAGGAGCCAGCAGGUCAUUCACAACUGGACGAUUCCUCUGAACCGGGAGCGCAGUGACCAGACUGAGGUUACAAGGACUUUCGAGAUGGUUAGCAGUGACCCCAUCAGCAUCACGGUGCAGGCCUUCAUGCAGGAGGAGGAGGUGGUGCCGCUGACCAUGACCCAUCAAUCACUCUACGUCACCGUGGAGACGCAGGUGGCCAUCGCAGGGAUCAUUCUCACGGGCGUCUACAUCCUCAUCAUCUUUGAGAUUGUCCACCGGACCCUGGCUGCUCUGUUGGGGUCCCUGGCAGCAUUAGCAGCUCUGGCUGUAAUCGGCGAUCGGCCGAGUCUGGUCACUGUGGUGGAGUGGAUCGACUAUGAGACUCUGGCUCUGCUGUUUGGCAUGAUGAUUCUUGUUGCCAUCUUCUCUGACACUGGAUUCUUUGACUACUGCGCGGUGAAGGCCUAUCAGUUGUCCAGAGGCAGAGUGUGGCCCAUGAUUAUGAUCUUGUGUCUCAUCGCCGCCAUUCUCUCAGCGUUUCUGGACAAUGUGACGACAAUGAUGCUCUUCACUCCAGUCACCAUCAGGUUGUGUGAAGUGCUUAAUCUGGACCCCAGGCACGUCCUGAUUGCGGAGGUAAUCUUCACCAACAUCGGAGGAGCGGCCACAGCUGUCGGAGACCCUCCCAACGUCAUCAUCGUGUCCAACCAGGAUCUGCGCAGACAAGGGAUUGAUUUUGCCAGCUUCACCGGUUACAUGUUCCUGGGAAUGUGCCUGGUGCUUCUGUCCUCGUUCCCGUUUCUCCGGAUCCUUUACUGGAACAAAAAACUCUACAACAAGGAAUCCAUUGAGAUCGUUGAACUGAAGCACGAGAUCCUGGUUUGGAGACAGACGGCUCAGCGCAUCAAUCCGGCGAGUCGCGAGGAGACGGCGGUGAAAUGUCUCCUGAUGCAGAAAGUGCUCAAUCUGGAAAACCUGCUCCGCAAACUGACGAGAAGCUUCCACAGCCAAAUCUCUCAAGAGGACAAAAACUGGGAGCAGAACAUUCAGGAGCUGCAGAAGAAGCACAAAAUCACAGACAAGGUUCUACUGGUGAAGUGUGUCUCUGUGCUCAGCGUGGUCAUCUUCAUCUUCUUCCUCAACUCCUUCAUCCCCAGCAUUCACCUGGAUCUGGGGUGGAUUGCAGUGUUGGGGGCUCUGUGGCUCCUGGUUCUGGCCGAUAUCCAGGAUUUCGAGAUUAUCCUUCACCGAGUGGAGUGGGCCACACUGCUCUUCUUCGCCGGCUUGUUCGUCCUGAUGGAGGCUUUGGCUCAGCUCCAGCUCAUCGACUACAUAGGAGAACAGACUGCGCUGCUUAUAAAGGCGGUGCCAGAGGAUCAAAGACUGGCCAUCGCCAUAAUUCUGGUCAUGUGGGUCUCUGCGCUGGCCUCGUCUCUCAUCGACAACAUCCCCUUCACUGCCACCAUGAUCCCAGUCCUCAUAAACCUGAGUCAGGACGCAGACGUGAACCUGCCAGUGAAGCCACUCAUCUUUGCUCUGGCCAUGGGAGCCUGUCUGGGAGGUAUGUCUCAGAAGGACCAAUAA